CUUGAAGUUCAGUAGUGGCAGUCAAGCUGCGCCGUGCGAUACACUCCGAGAGACAGAGAGGCUCGUAUAGUCGGGGAGUUGGACCGUGAGGUAUCCUGAGGUUUCCCCGAGGUAAGUUAGCUAGAGCUUUCACACUAUUCACCUGAGAUGCUGAACCGAAGCAGUGGCAUCAAGAAGGACUUCCAGGCGCCAGAUUAAGAAGGCAGAGUGUCCCUGUGUUAUCUACCUCGGCGUUUCUUCAGUUUUAAGAGUCCAGUUAAACACACACAAAAGACUAUGGCGUUUUUGAUGAAAAAGAAGAAGUUCAAGUUUCAGGUCCAUUUCACUCUGGAGGAGCUGACAGCCGUGCCGUUCGUAAACGGGAUGCUUUUCUGCAAAAUCAGACUGUUGGAAGGUGGAGACUUUGCCAUUUCUUCAUCCAGGCAAGAGGUGCAGGAGAACUGUGUUCGCUGGCGAAAGAAAUUCUCCUUUGUGUGUAAGCUGAGUGCCAAUCCUAACACAGGGGUCCUGGACCCCUGCAUCUGCCGAGUGUCUGUGCGAAAGGAACUAAAGGGUGGAAAGUCUUUUUCAAAGCUGGGCUUUGCUGACCUCAACAUGGCGGAGUUUGCAGGUUCAGGCUCCACUGUGCGGUGCUGUAUACUGGAAGGCUACGACACCAAGAACACUCGGCAAGACAACUCCAUCCUGAAAGUUACCAUUGGUAUGACUCUACUCUCUGGGGACCCUUGCUUUAAAACGCCUCCGAGCACUGCUAAAACCACAGCGUUUGCUGGCCAGGACCCAUCUUUGCAGCUGGACUGUAAAGGAGAGGGCACUGGCGACAAACCAAUUGCACCAGCGGGCAUCAACCUGGGCAUCAACACCAGCCGGACACUCAAACCCAGAGCCUCCGCUCCCUGCUCAGGUCUGCCAGAGGUGUUAGAUGAGAACCUCUCCAGUCCAGAUGAGGUGUUUCACACAGGCCACUCGAGGAAUUCCAGCUACGCCAGCCAGCAGAGCAAAGUCUCAGGCUACAGCACAGAGCAUUCCCGCUCGUCCAGCUUGACGGAUCUGAGCCAGCACAGACGGAACACCUCCACCAGCAGUAGCAACACUUCAGCAGGAGCCACAGCACCUAGUGAGAGCCCCCCGGAGCCUGAGAAAGAACCAGUGAAAGCGGAAAAGCCCCCACGCCCACCACGGCCUACCCUGCUCCCAAACCGACCAUCCAGGAGAAAGAAGGACUCUGUGGAGAACCAUCCAACCUGGGUGGAUGAUACGCGCAUUGAUGCUGACGACAUUGUUGAGAAGAUCGUCCAGAGUCAGAACUUUGCUGAUGCCAGCAACAAUGAGGAUAGCAAUUUGCGACUGUUUGUCAGUAGGGAUGGUACCACUGCCCUUGGCGGCAUCCAGCUGGGCAACAGGGUGUCGGCAGGUGUGUUUGAGCCUGUUGUGAUCGAGAGUCAUUAGUGUCAUUGUGGCAUCCAAGCACUGUCUGUCCAGCUGGGCUCUUCACAUAAAGAAGAUGGUCCAGAGACGUGAGGAUCAUCAAGGCAGAGUGCACAUCAGGCAUCCCACUGACAAGUUGUUUUCUGCUUGCAUUUGUCUCUUUUUUAUUAUCUUUACUGAUUACUGAUUUGUGUACUCACACACUACAAUAAUAACACCUUAAAUCUUAUGUCACAUUUAUGGAAACGGUGGUGGGUAGUUCGUUAUUAUUAUUAUUGUAUUGUAAAACCCCGUAAUCAAAAAAGAUUAACACUUUAAUGACACCUUAUUGCAAGUAAAUAAACUUGAAAUGCCUUGAAGAAAUAAGGCAUUGUGGGAAAUAUAGUCUUAACACUGUGAAAAGCUGUCAUUGACCCAUAAAUCACCAUGUUUAUGACCUAAAUGGCAGUCUCUAGUAUUUUCAAUAGAAAUAUGAUUUAUAUAUUGCUUAGCCAUUCAGAUAUUAUUUAAUGGUUUCAACCUACGGUUUUCUUUCUCAUCUUUUAGUUUUAACAAUGCACAGCCAAACCCUUUUAGUACAGGUUGUGUGUUCUGCCUGGGAUACAAACCACUAAAAUGUGUUAAAAAUGUCUUCGCAUGAAUGUUCCUAAUGAUCCUGCUUUUGCCUAACCACAGCCUUUUUUACCUGCAUUGGGAAUGACUUUAUUAAUCCAUAUGACACAAAGGUGAAUAUACACAGUGCUGUAUGGCUGGCCAUACAGAAUAAGUUCAUGUUGAGGUAGGCAUGGAAGCUUCUGUCCAUUCCUCCAUACAUUAGGGCCUUUUUGUGAAUGUGUGUGUGCGUGUGUGUGUAUUUUGGUGAUGGUAAAUGUGUCAAUUCAUGUGAAUCUCCUUAGAAGUUCUCCAGCUGGCCUGGUGGAACCACAAGUCAAGUUUCUUCAUUGCCAUUCUUCUCCACAUCUUCUGUCCAUUUGUCCAGCACACACUCUACUUCCCCUCUUAUUGUUUGUGUAUGUGCUGCAGGCAGCCUCAAAAUGAGUGGAGGUUAAAUAAGGCCCCAAAAUUUUGCUCUUGACAUGUAAAAGUGCCUCUUGCAUUCCUGUAUACAUUUAAUGCAUUCUUCUUAGAAGUUGGUCACCUGCUCCUGAGUGCUUAUGGCUGUGUUCCGUUGAAUUCAGAACUUCCAAGUUGGUACUUCUGACUUUCAAUCUAAAUGUGUUACAAUGCUUCUAAAUGAAGAAAUAUGGAUUCCCACAGGAAGCUGGUGUUUGAAUGGCAGAUCAUGGCACUCACAUUACCUCAUCAAAGAGGCACAUUUUGUGUCUCUUUGUAACACAUGUCUAAUGUUGUUAGAGCUCUGUGAAUGCAAAAAAUCAGACAUUUCCAACCACUUCUGGCUGUGUUCACAUUACAAGCCUCAUCAAUUCAGAUUUUUUCCUUGGACAGUCUUUCUAAUUUGAGGGUUUACAUUCUUGUGAGGAAGUGAUUUGGAUCAAUCAUUAAUGUGAAAGGAACCUGUCCCUUGAAACGCCUUGAAUCUCUUUAAAUCAGAUCUGAGCCACUUUCAUCUGUGGUCUCAGAUUGGAUGUAUAUCCAAUUUGUGGCCAUGUGACCUUAAGGGUCAGAUCGGAAGCAAUGCAAUGCGAAAGAAAUACAUCUGACUCUUUUUUACCUUCAUCUUGUUGAAAUAAUGAACAGCUGAGAGCAGUUCUGAGCAAAUUAUCUCUGUGACAAAGGCUUGAUCUGUGGUUCAUUCAUGUGACGUUAUUGAUUAGGAUUUGUGUAUGAAUUUGUUACAGGACAGGUUUGUCACAUUGAAAGAUUUGAGUCACUUAUCUACAUGAAUGUGAAUAAUUAACUGAAUUAAGGAAUGAGAAUGUUAAUGUGAACACAGUAAUUGAUUAGGAUUUGUAAAUGCGGGCUAUUUCAGGGUACACAUGUUCACACAUGUUAGACAAAUAUGCAUCAAAUAUACAAAUGUGAACCAGUGAGACAGAGAGAUCCAAUCUGAAAAAAAUUGGAACUCAGCAAAAAGACUUGUAAUGUGAAUGCAGCCUAAUAAGCAUCUUAGGAGGAUCUACAUUAAUGCCAGGCUAUUACAGAAUGUUUUCAGAAAACAGCAUGUUUAGAAAAUAAAAAUUGGUGAUCCAAUCACUUGGGUAGUCAUUCCAUUGCAGAUUUCUUAUUUUAUUUCCAGUCCAGUGGAAUGCACAAUUAGUCCACACACUAUUUUAAAAAAGUUACUUGAUCAUUUGGCAAUAGCUGAGUGAAUAAUGUGGGUGAAAUGAGGCACUCUUUUUUUUUUAUUUAAAAAGACCUAAAGUGGAUUCCUGAGUGGUGCAACCAUGUAAACACUGGUUCUGUCAUCAGGAAAUCACUAGUAUGAUCCCUGGUGAUGCCACAGCCAUCUGUAACCAGAAAUCCCAGAGAAUGUAAUUGGUCUCACUUUUUCUGGGAGGGUAGGAUGGCCUCCUUCUCCCCACAGCAUUGGAAAAAAUGCUAAUUUCUCAAAAAAACACGAAUUUCUCAAUCUGGUGCAACAUCAGGAGAGGAUAGGCAUACCGAGCAACACAAUGAGAACAUAAAUAAAGUAACAGAAUACAAUAUAGUAAAGUGUUCCAAGGUAAUGUUGUACUUACAAAGACAGACUGGCUAAAAUAACCUCCUAAAGGUCAAAAUUGUCCCUGAAAAUCAAUUCCAAAGGCCCCCAGGAUAAGUUUUUUUUUCUGACAGUGGCUGCUGGUUUCCACCAAUGUGUUAUACUACAGUGCUGUGCACUGGUGUCUUCUGAUUUUCAGCAGGCAUAAUAGCGUGGUUUGGUGAAUGGACCGCAGCCAGUCCUGCUUCAAGGAAAUGUGUUCAUCAUUAUGAGCAUGUGUGCUGUAUAAUGGAAUGUGUCAGUGGAUGGUGGAGGAUGUGGCUGAAGAAUCACUUUGUUUGUUGAAUUAGAUCAGAGCAGAUGACUCACAACCAUGUGACUCGGCUUGGCGACAGCACCUGGUGUGCGUACAGAAACAAAGAAGCCCCCCCCGUGUGUGUGUGUGUGUGUGUUAGAUAAAAGUCUGUAUGCUGUUUUUUUUUUUCGAGUUUGAGUGAGCUAGCCAUGAUCUUAGUCAUGGAGAAAAAAGCCUCUCAGUUGAUCUGAGAGAACAAACAGACUAGAGAAAUUACACUGAGUCUCUGAGCUCUUUGCACGUCUAGUUCUGUUAUUAUGUCUUUACUUAUACCGUGCAAUGUGGGCUUAAUGCUUCAUUAAAGGAGAAUUUCACAUUGAACACAGUUUAACAAACAGAAUAAAUAACAAACCCUUUGCAUAAGGAAUAAUAUAUGAAAGGGCCCAUAUCAUGAAAAAAUAGUAUGUACCGUUGUGUGCCCAAAUGAGGUUUUCUCUAAAGAGAACACACGGUUUCUUCACAUUUGAGUGCACAGUUACUGUUUAUUUGCUAAAUUCAACAUAAAAAUAAAACAUAAAUUGCGUAAAUUAUGGUCCGUGCUGGAGUACAUAUGACGCUCUUUUUUAUUUUUUACGCUUAAUCUUUUUCCAAUAUGUUAAACAAAUAAAUAGAGAUUGUGCACUACAAUUUGCAGAAAAAUGCCAUAUAUUCAGGUGGAUUCUCUAUGAGGAUGUGUUAGUUUAUUCUCACUUAGAAAAGUAUCAAAAAUAUGAGCAGGAGUGUCAUAUAUGAUUAUAUCAUAUAUGACUGUUAAAGUUUCAAAACAUUUCACUCACACCCUGGUCCAUACAGUCCAUGCACAGAAACUAAGCUGUAAAACCACUUAAAUACAUUAAUGUGAUGUCUAUUGUUUACAUAUAGUCACAUUUUCAGCCUACAGCGGGUUCGCACCACCCCAAUAAGUAUAAAGAGAGGUUGGAAAAUGGCCAUGUGAAAAUUAAUUAGGACACAUGAAAUCACAGAAAAAUGAACCUCAGGGGGAAAAGAAUACAAGACAGAUGUGGGAUAUGUGCCCUUUAGGGAAUGGAUUUCAUGUGGAAUACUCCUUUAAUGCCCUUUUUAUUGUAAUAUCUUGUGGUGAAGUCACUCAUUAUGUCCUAGUUAAGACCCUGUGAUGGAGUGACGACUUUCUCAGGUUCUUCAUCAUUAUACUGUGUCUUUCAGAAGUAUUAGCACCCUUGGUAAAUAUGAGCAAAAGGCAAAUAUGCGAAAAAUCUAAGCUUUAUUUGAGGUAAAAUGGCCCUAAGAAAAUGUACAUACAGAGUUAUUUAUCAUGAAGAAAAUCUAGCUGUAUACUUUUUAGUGGUCAUGUAUUGUGCAAAACUUUGGGCACCCCAUAGCCAUGUACACACAGUUAAAUGUGGCACAUUUCUGUGCAUAAUUUCUGUUAAGGGUCUGUAAAGGUAUUUUGGCAGUGGACGUUAUACAUGCAAGAAAUGUAAAUGCUCUAGUUUGAUUAAUAAUGUGUGAAAUAAAGAUUGUUUUGCAUUAUAGAUCAGCUUUUAUUCUUUUCAGAAAAAUUUUAUAUCCAAAAUUGUUACAGCAUUUUGGAAUUGAUCUCUUUAUUUACUAACUGGAAAAAAAAUAAGACAUAAACCUUUUGCAUAUGCCACAUUUUGGACCUCAUUUCUGAACUGUUCCUAAGAAUAAAUUCCUUCUUAAAAACCCCCUUACACAGGUUUCCCACAAAGAUUCUGACAUUCACCAAUGUUUUCCUAUCUGGGAUUUGUUCUUAGGUAAGAGCAGACUCUACACACACUCAAGAGCACAAAGGUGUGAGUCUACGUUAUAAAUCUGACAUCUGACUUUUACUGAAGACCUUUCUCAAGAAGAAAUUUGAGAAAAAACUUGAGAAGAUAUUGGUGAAUGUGGCCGUUUAUGUUUUAUUUUUUCUCAUGUGUUUUCUGUAGCUGUUUACUUGCUUUCACUUAACAAAAACAAAAAUCAUAAUUUGACCAGAGGUGCCCAACAUUUGCACGGGACUGUAUAUGAACAAGCACGUAAGUGUCUUAAAAGUCCCUUAGACCUAUAUUUGUACAAGAUUUUGAUUAUUAUAGCUGUUUACCUCACUGAAAGCUUCGAUUCGAUGUCUCGGAUUUUAAGUGAACCGCCUGAACCAAAAAAAGUUUCCUUAAAAAGGUGCCAAUAAUUCUGUUAAGCGUUAAUUAUGUUAAUAUGAUUAGUCCAUAGAGAUCGCAUUGAUCUGAGUCUUAUCUGGGCAUAUAAAGAGUGAGAGGUUUUCAAGUAGACUACCACACUAGCAUCAAGGGAAUCUCUGAAAUGUUCUGUUUUAGAAUGCACCUUUUCUUUUUGUCUGUCAGUUGUUAGACAGACAUUCAGCCUGUCUGUGUCUUUGUACCUCCCUUGCUCGCCAACAUUAUGAGCGAUACGUUCAUGCUUUAUACUGUCCUGUUCUUUUGGAUUUCCAAACCAGCGGGCUGGUUUAUUUGAACCUUUCCCCCACAUUCAGUUGCCAUCACUGCUCUCUGUGUUGAUUCUUUAGUGGCGGACGAACAUUGUGACAGCAUGAAAUGAUUGAUGUACUCACAACUGAAAGAGGCUAGUUUUUGAUGGUUGUUCUCUCUGUUUUUGUUUUUUCCUGCAUUUAAAAAAGAGCCUCUUGUGUCGUGCUAUCAUUUUCGGUCAUAAUGGACUGUAACCUGUGAUUGAUUUAUCUUUUUUUUUAUUCACAAAGGUAGAUGUAAAGUUGAUUUUGAUGCGGAGAACUGAAUAUAAAAGUACUGGGAUGUUUGAGGGAAAAUGGUUUUGUACAUGCAGUAUUUGUGUCAUUUGCUGUUCUUUGCUAUAAAAAGAAAUAAUGCUUGAAAGUCAGUGUAAUUCACUCAUCCUGGGGCACGUCUGUGCUGUUAUUUACUCCUUAGAAUAAUGGGAAUUAUAGUCUUAUGAUUUACAUUAUAUCCAAGGUGAAUGGUUUGUUUUCUUUAAAUUCUCAUGGUACAGUUGUGUGCCAACGUUUGGGCACCCCUGGUCAAAUGAUGUUUUGUUGAUGUGUUGACAUACUAAAUAAGUGAACACGUGCUCAUCAGAGAACAUGCUUGUGCACAUUUUAAUGCACAAUUACUGUUUAUUUGCGGAAUUCAGCAGGUUGGAAAAACUAAAUCUGGCCUGUGCAAAUGUUUUGGCACGUUAUGUCAUGUUUUAUCUUUUUUUCUAGUAUGUUAAAUUCAAGAAAUGAAUAGAAAUUGUGUGCUAACCUUGGCAGGAAAAUGCCACCUCUAGAGGAUGUGUUUACUUAUUUUCACCUAGAGCGUCAACAUAGCAUAUGUUUGACCAGCUGUGUUCAGACAUAUAUGUUGUGAUUGAGUAUUAAUUAUAAAUGAAAUGCUAAACUACACUGUGAUCUCCGGAAUAUCGACUCCUUGGCCAAUGACAUAACAUUCACCGCAAGGGCACUUAAAUACUAACGUUUAAAGUAUCAAGACCUGCAAAAUCCUCCACGCCUAAUGCUGUUUGUCUCCUUUCUCUCUCAUUUUGUAAAGGGUUGAAAAGCUAUGCACUUGAGUCAGACAGAAAGACUCCGUUUUGACCACUAUAUUGGUUACAAUUAACAAAUUACCAAUAUGACUUCAGAUUUCUAUGAAAAGUCAAUACCUAUAUUUAACUUUACCACAAAAGUGAUGAGUUUAUUUUUCUGAUUAUAUAAAAAUUAUUGAAUACAUAUAUUUUAUGAUCACACAAAUAAUUUCCAAAGUUUUCUUGACCUCAUAUUCGGUUUUAUUUGGUGUAUUACUGUCUCAUGAUGGAACUAUAUUUCUACACUCGAAUAUGGAUGUUUCGUAUUCUGUAAUGUAACUGUGUCUUUGGGGGUUGUAUUAAUGUAAUAUUUUGGGGAAAUAAAGCAAAUCUUGGGCAUCCAAAA